AUGGCGGCGGCCGUGGCGCGGGGCGGCGUGGCUGUGCUGCGGCGGAGCAGUUUGCUGACUGGGUGGAACUUCCUUAUACAUGAGAACCUGCGUGUUAGAACUGGAGUCCUGUGGAAGCAGCCACCUUCUAGGACAUUUUUCAGUGACAGGAAGAAGCUUCAUACUGCUCCAGUAGGACAGGUCUUCCGCCUGCGCCCCUUCCAUGUUCUGGUAGCUACAGGUGGGGGAUAUGCAGGAUACAGAAAAUACGAGGAUUACAAGUUGGAACAGCUGGAGAAGAGGGGCAUAGAGGUGCCUGUGAAGCUUGCAAGUGAGUGGGAGCUGCAACCCUCGUAGCAGAGAUUCAAGUGGGAAACAGAGGGGGAAUCCAGAG